AUGCACGCGAUUACACAUUCAAAAACAGCGGAUCGUCGGACGCGGACGUACGGAAUUGUAUUCGUGUCGACAUUAUAUAUUGCGUGUCGUGAAAUAACAACUAAAAUGGCCAACUUUGAACAUAAAGGAAAUCUGUCUGGCGCGAACUAUGGGCCUCCUCCACAAAAUCCGCCUCCUUACAACUAUCAGCCCCAGCAAGUUCCAUAUGCUAAUGUUCCUAUCGUCCCCGUCGUGGCUCCUCAACAAUUCGUGACGGUUGUGCAAGCGCGACCAAUGGGCCCUGAACCAUCAAGUUUAACCUGCCCCUCCUGUACCGCGGUCAUCGUAACUAGGGUUCAACACGAUGCUUCGAGCAAGACUCAUCUUUUUGCGUUAAUCCUUUGUUUGAUAGGAUGUUGGCCAUGUGCUUGCAUCCCUUACUGCAUGGAAAGCUGUCAAAAUGCUACUCAUUACUGUCCGAAUUGCAACGCCUACAUUGGAACCUAUACAAAUUGAUGAGUUUGUGAUAAAUGCAAAUAAAUAAAAAAACAUUAUUUCA